AAGAAAACCCAAGAUCCCUCCCUCAACCCUCCACCUCCACCUCCCUCCCCUCCCUUCUCUCUCUAAAAAGCAGCUACUACUGCACCUGCAGACUGCAACUUUUGUCCACCCCCAGUUCAUCCCCUGUUUUCUUAAAACUUGCUAAUCCUGUGCCACAAACUCACUGCAUCACACAGCACUUCCCCUCUCUCUCUCUCUCUCUCACACACACCCACCAACCCAAAGGGAAAAAAAAAAUUAGACAAAAAUCCCGACAAGAAUUAAUCAAUCGAGGAGACGCGCACACCAGAAACACCUCAAUUCAUCCUUCCUCCCCUCUCUUUCCCUCACUCUCCCACCCACGAAUAAUCCCCCCACCAAAAAAAAGAAAGAAAGAAGGAAAAAGACGAGAAUAAAGAUCCGACCCCAGAUGUUCACCCUCCGCGUCCUGGCCCUCCUCCUCCUCCUCCUCCUCCUCGCCCUCUCCGCCCGCCUCCCUCGAUCCGCCGCCGACCCGGGCGACGAGCUCUGCCUCACCCGCCUCUCCGAGUCGCUCCAGGACCCGGGCAGCCGGCUCUCGAACUGGAGCAAAGCCGCCUUCGCCGAACCCUGCAACGGCUUCACCUCCUCCCUCAGCGGCGCCACCUGCAACAACGGCCGCAUCUACAAGCUCUCCCUCUCCGGCCUCGGCCUCCGGGGGAGCAUCCCGGCGAACCUCGCGAACUGCACCUCCCUCCAGGCCCUCGACCUCUCCGCCAACGCCCUCACCGGCCCGAUCCCGCCGGACCUCCAGGGCCUCGUCAACCUCGCCGUCCUCAACCUCUCCUCCAACCGCCUCUCCGGCCAGAUCCCCCUGCAGCUCGCCCUUUGCGCCUACCUCAACGUCAUCGACCUCCACAGCAACCUGCUCUCCGGGCCCAUCCCCCAGCAGCUCGGCCUCCUCGUCCGCCUCUCCGCCUUCGACGUCUCCAACAACCGGCUCGAGGGCCAGAUCCCCGGCUCGCUCUCGAACCGGACCGGGAACCUACCCCGGUUCAACGCCAGCUCGUUCGAGGGCAACAAGGGGCUCUACGGGUACCCUUUGGCCCCAAUGAAGACCAAAGGCUUGUCGGUGCUGGCCAUUGUCGGGAUCGGGCUCGGGAGCGGGCUGGCGAGCUUGGUGCUGAGCUUCACCGGGGUCUGUAUCUGGCUGAGGGUCACGGAGAGGAAGAUGGCCAUGGAGGAAGGCAAGAUCAGUCAACUUAUGCCUGAUUAUUGAUGAAAUUCUCAAUGAAACUGAUGGGAUUUCCUUUUUUCCUUUCGGAUGUGAAGAUGGAGAUGGAGAUUUGACGUUUGUUCAGAUUCAGUUCAGGUACAUUUUGGAUUUUUCGGUGAGGGCGAUGCUCAGGAAAGGGAGGAUCAAAAGUUCGAGCUCUGUAUUUUUAGUAUUUUCUGCUUUUCCUUUUCUAUUUUUCUUUUCCACUCUUAUGGUUAUUUUUUCAGAUUUUCACUUUUCUCCAAUGAUUUUUUGGCGGGUUUUUCUUUUUCUUCUUUUGGCCUCCUGCUAUUUAUUACAAAAUUUAGGGUUCCUUCUUCUUUUUUUUGGUACCUUUUCUUUUUCUCGGUUUUCCUCUGUAAUACUUUUUCUUUUGGUUUUUCUCUGAGGAAUUAACUGUGUAUAAAGCUAUCUGAAACAUUAGAAUGAAAUGAAAUGAAAUAGUGCUGAUUAUCUUGGGAAAAAUAAA